AUGGAGGGUGAACCCACAGCAGGAGGAGAUGAGGAGGGUAUCCUGCCUAUACAAACCAAAUCAGCAUUUGCAGAUUCUAUUCUUGACCAUCUGACAAAUUUAAGUGUACGAUCAGAUAUAGCUACCGAAAAAUUAACGGCGAUCAUAUGUACCUUGGGACCCGCAUCGGCUCAGCCUGCUGUAUUAGAUGAAAUGUUAGAAGCUGGAAUGAAUAUAGCUCGCAUGAAUUUCUCACACGGUUCUCACGAGUAUCAUGCAAAUACCGUUAAACUGGUGCGUGAAGCUGUUGCUAGAUACAGCAGACGUAUUGGGUUAAGGUGGCCUGUUGCAAUAGCAUUAGACACGCGUGGACCAGAGAUUCGCACUGGUCUCCUCGAAGGUGGAGCUUCAGCAGAACUUGAGUUAGUCCAAGGAGAAAAAAUAAAACUUACUACCAACGACGAAUUUGCUGAAGCAAGCAACAUUAAUUCUGUAUACGUAGAUUACAACAACAUUACGAACGUUGUGAAGCCUGGAGAUAGAGUUUUUGUCGAUGAUGGACUCUUAUCACUCAUUGUGAAGCAAAUCGAAGGUAACGAAGUGCAUUGUGAAAUAGAAAACGGAGGCAAAUUAGGAAGCCGUAAAGGCGUGAAUCUUCCAGGAGUUCCUGUUGACCUACCUGGAGUGUCUGAGAAAGACACAGCUGACCUUCGUUUCGGUGUGGAGCAAGGAGUGGACAUGAUAUUCGCGUCUUUCAUUCGAAAUGCGCAGACAGUGCAAGACGUACGUGAUGUACUAGGAGAGGAUGGUAAAAGUAUUUUAAUUAUUUCAAAGAUAGAAAAUCAACAGGGUAUUGACAAUGUAGAUGAAAUAAUCGAAGCUUCUGACGGCAUCAUGAUCGCACGUGGAGAUAUGGGUAUAGAAAUACCACCACAAAAAGUGUUUCUAGCUCAGAAAGCCAUAAUUGCGAAAUGUAACCGAAUAGGUAAACCAGUUGCAUGUGCAACUCAGAUGCUGGAAUCAAUGACAAGUCACCCAAGAGCAACACGUGCUGAAUCUUCUGACGUGGCAAAUGCAAUCUUAGAUGGAGCUGAUCUAGUGAUGCUUUCAGGUGAGAGUGCAAAAGGAAAGUUUCCUAUAGUCUGUGUUCGUACAAUGGCAGCAAUCUGCCGCGAAGCAGAGGCCGCUGUCUGGUCGAAACAGCUGUGCACUGAACUAAGUUUUGAUAUCGCGCCUCCAACAGACCCAAUGCAUGCCACAGCUCUAGGUGCUGUAGAAAUGGCGCGUCUUUCUAAAGCAGCAAUGAUUGUGGUGUUGACUGUAUCUGGAAGGUCUGCCCAUUUGGUGGCCAGAUACAGGCCUCGCUGUCCUAUAGUUACCAUAACACGUUAUGCACAAGUUGCCCGUCAAGCUAACUUGUACCGUGGCAUAAUACCACUCAUUUAUCAGGCUCAACCGAAAGAAGACUGGAUUGAAGAUCAAAAUGAUCGCAUAGAUUUUGCUAUCGACUUCGGAAAGCAACGAGGGUUUGUAGAAGAGGGAAGUGCAGUGGUUAUUGUUGCGGGCUGGCGUCCAGGAUCUGGUUACACUAACACAUUGCGUCUCAAGUACAUUCUUUCAGAAGUUGAAGAAUAA